GUGGCUGCUUGGCCCCCGGCCCCCUUAUCUGCCCCCGCCCCGUGGGCCCCGGCACUGCCAUGGACGGCCAACUCCUGCUGGGGCUGCUACUGCUGCUGCUCGGGGCCUCAGGCCUUCAGGGCCAGGGGCCAGGGCCCGGGGGACCCUCAGAGGGGCCCCCCGAUGAGGAGGAGGAGCAGGAGGAGGAGGAGGUCCCCGAGGAGGAUGGGAUCUUGGUGCUGAACCGGCGGACCCUGGGCCUGGCCUUGCGGGAGCACCCUGCCCUGCUGGUGGAGUUCUAUGCCCCGUGGUGUGGGCAAUGCAAGGCGCUGGCCCCCGAGUACAGCAAGGCGGCUGCCCUGCUGGCAGCAGAGGCGGCCAAGGCCAGGCUGGCCAAGGUGGAUGGGCCCGCGGAACCAGAGCUGGCCGAGGAGUUUGCCGUGACAGAGUACCCCACGCUCAAGUUCUUCCGCGACGGGAACCGCACGCACCCGGAGGAAUACACUGGCCCACGGGAGGCCCAAGGCAUCGCUGAGUGGCUGAGGCGGCGCGUGGGGCCCAGUGCCACGCAGCUGGAGGAUGAGGAGGGUGCCCGCGUGCUGAUGCGUGCCUGGGACGUGGUCGUCAUAGGCUUCUUCCAGGACUUGCAGGACAAGGAUGUGGCUACCUUCCUGGCUGUGGCCCAGGAUGCCCUGGACAUGGCUUUUGGCCUCACGGACCGGCCACAGCUCUUUCAGAAGUUCGGCCUCACCAAGGACACCGUGGUCCUUUUCAAGAAGUACGACGAGGGCCGGGCAGACUUCCCAGUGGACAAGGAGCUGGGCCUGGACCAGGGGGAUCUGUCCCGCUUCCUGCUCACGCACAGCAUGCAUCUGGUCACGGAGUUCACCCCGCAGACAUCCCCUAAGAUCUUUGCGGCCAGAAUCCCUAACCACUUGCUGCUGUUCAUCAACCAGACGCUGGCCGCUCACCUGGAGCGGCUGAGCGGCUUCCGGGAGGCGGCUCCCCGUUUCCGGGGGCAGGUGCUGUUUGUGGUGGUGGACGUGGGCGCCAACAACGACCACGUGCUCCAGUACUUCGGCCUCAAGGCCGAGGAGGCCCCCACCCUGCGUUUCGUCAACAUGGAGACCACCAAGAAGUACGCACCUGCGGACAAGGAGCCGGUCACGGCCACCUCGGUUGCAGCCUUCUGCCGCGCAGUCCUCGGUGGGGAGCUCAAGCCCUAUCGCUUGAGCCAGGAGAUUCCCCCAGACUGGGACCAGCGGCCCGUCAAGACCCUCGUGGGCAAGAAUUUCGAGCAGGUGGCUUUUGAUGAAACCAAGAAUGUGUUUAUCAAGUUCUACGCCCCAUGGUGCACCCACUGCAAGGAGAUGGCCCCGGCCUGGGAGGCGCUGGCUGAGAAGUACAAAGACCAUGAGGACAUCAUCAUCGCUGAGCUGGACGCCACGGCCAACGAGCUGGAGGCCUUCCCUGUGCAUGGCUUCCCCACCCUCAAGUACUUCCCGGCAGGGCCAGGUCGGAAGGCAAUUGAAUACAAAGGCACCAGGGACCUGGAAACUUUCUCCAAGUUUCUGGACAGUGGGGGUGCGCUGCCUGCCGAGGAGCCCACGGAGCCACCCGGACAGCCCUUCCCGGAGACGCCAGAAAACUCCACGAAGCCCAAGGACGAGCUGUAGCCAUGCCGCCAUCGCUGUGCACCAGGGCAGGCCUGUCUCUGGUGCCCCUGGAAGCUGAGGGCUGGGAAUAAAAGAGCUCUGGUCUUGGA